AUGAAGCUGGUUCCUCCCGGCAAUUUCUGUUCCAGCUUGAUCCGACAGCGACCAGCUUUGCGCACUCCAUCCACCAUUACUCCGCGAUACCUAGCCUCCUACUCUUCCAUAUUCACGCCAGUGCCUUCACCGUCUUACCUGUCCUCUACCCGACGGCUAUCGCAAUGGUGCUCUGGAGCCCGCUGGAGAACGUUUCAGAGGAGACCUUCCGGCUAUAACUACGGGGAAAACGAUGCACAUACCCGGGAAAGUUGGAAGCGCAGGCGACACUCGAGAAGCAGCUACGUCCUUCUCGUAGCUACAAUCGGCGCUGCGACAUUGACGCCAGCAGCUCUGCUUGAGCUGGCAGAGAAGAAGAACCAGGAGGACGAGUCGAGCACUCGAGAGCGUGAGAUGCUCCACGCAUCAAGGGCAGAAGCACGGAGUAUAAGACGUACCGGGAGAGGUAUAGAAGACGACAGCGAUGGAGGUGAUACCGAAAGACAAAGGGCUCGGAAUGUCUUAUGGCGCAUAUAUGGCUUUCUGGAUGAGUACGUUUUCGAGGUGAUUGCUACGGGAUUUCGAUUCGUUCACCUGGUGGUUCUAUUUAUCCCGGUAAUAGCGAGCGUCCCAAUAGUUUUCCUUGGAAGGAGGGUGAAAGAUCGAGAUAACCACAGGAGAGGAGCUCUGCUAUGGUAUGCCCUUGUCGUGUACACCAUGGAGCGUGCCGGGUCGGCAUUUAUCAAGCUCGGGCAAUGGGCUGCUUCAAGAUCUGACAUCUUCCCGCCUGAACUAUGUGCUAUGAUGUCUUCCCUGCAUUCACAAGCGCCGGCACAUCCACUACAUGUUACGAAACGUACGAUUAGUCGAGCAUUCAAUGGCCUACCUUUUGAUGAGAUAUUCGAGGAAUUCGACGAAAAACCACUUGGUGUAGGUGCUAUUGCCCAAGUGUACAAGGCAAAGCUCCGUCCGGACCUGGCUGGCUCCCUUGAUCGUGCGUCUAAACCUACCAAUCUCCGCGAGAAGAUGAGGAGAAAUGUCAAUGUCCUGGUGAAAAGCACUCCAGAGAGCGUCCCAUCGUCAUACAUUGCGAUCAAGGUUCUCCAUCCAAAGGUCGAUAGGACCGUGCGACGAGACCUACGAAUUAUGGGUUUUUUUGCUACCUUAAUACACUGGAUCCCUACUAUGGAAUGGUUAUCAUUACCCGAUGAAGUCGAGAAGUUUGGAGAAAUGAUGAAACUCCAAUUGGAUUUACGGAUUGAAGCAGCAAAUCUAGCGUUUUUCCGGGAGAACUUCAAAUCAAGAACUACAGCUCGGUUCCCCUAUCCAUAUACUGAAUAUACCACCCGCGAGGUCCUAGUAGAAGAGUUUGCUCAGGGUAUUCCGCUCGCUGCAUUUUUAGAGAAUGGUGGCGGUGUGUUCCAACAUGACAUUGCCCAGGAGGGAUUGGACGCUUUCCUUCACAUGCUGCUCAUUGACAACUUUGUCCACUCUGACCUGCACCCUGGUAACAUUAUGGUACGCUUCUAUAAACCAAGCCAGCUGGACCUCUCCCUGAGUGUGCAGAGUCCCCACGGAGCCCUGGUAUCAGAGAGUGGGAAUACCGCAACAGAAUCGGUUCUUUCACGAUUGAGGAAACACCGCAAGGAUCCAAAAGCUUGGAACGAGACCCUGAAGCAAAUUGACGCUGAAGGAUACCGACCUCAGCUGAUCUUCAUUGAUACCGGUCUUGUCACAGAGCUCCAUGCUGUUAAUCGACGUGAUUUCCUUGACCUGUUCCGAGCCAUUGCUGAAUUCGACGGAUACAAAGCUGGUUAUCUCAUGAUUGAGAGAUCUCGUCAACCUGACACCGUCAUUGACGCCGAAAUAUUUGCGCUCAGGAUGCAGCAUCUCGUUCUCAGCAUUAAGGGAAGAACAUUUGCCCUGGGAAAUGUGAAACUCGGAGAUGUAUUGAGUGAUGUUUUAUAUAUGGUCCGGAACCACCAUGUAAGACUCGAGGGUGACUUUAUCAACGUCGUCAUCUCCGCUCUUCUCCUGGAGGGCAUUGGUAGGAGAUUGGACCCAGAUUUGGACAUAUUCAGAAAUGCAUUGCCAAUCCUCCGUCAACUCGGCUCGAAAUCUACGCUGCUCAAGUCCGUUCGUGAAGGGGAUACAUCCAUGCUCCGCGUAUGGGUUGGGCUAGAAGCACGAAGCUUCCUCAAAGCCAGCAUCUCCAGCGUGGAGAAGUGUGUGAAGUACGAUCUCCUAUCCCCGAACAUUUAG